CAGCAUUGAAUGUAUGCGUUGUCAUACGUAUACGCGUCCGUGUGUUGGUAAUUGUAUUUAACAAUUAUUGUUGUUAUAUUGUGUGAUUGAAAUGUGCGGUUUAAGUAAAGAUAAUUUAGUAAUCUUCACAAUUGUAUCAUCGAUUUAAAAUUGUAACCUCAAUUCGUGUGUAAAUAACAACAAAGGAUAAUGGUUCGUUUAUGGGAAAGAUUUUACCUCAAAGUGGAAGCCUGAAGAUGCAUUUUCUGACUCACGUUGGUGUAAAUCCGUUUGAGUGCAACUUAUGUAUAAAACACUUUAAAAAGAACGCAAAGCACCCAGUGGCUCACAAUGGUAAAAAACUUCACAAGUGCACAAUUUGCGAAAAAUCGUUUACUCGGAGCGGAAGUUUGAAAAUGCAUUUUCUGACUCACAGCGGUGAAAAACCAUUUCAGUGUAAACUGUGCCUGAAACGAUUUACUAGAAAUUGCAGCCUUAAAAAACACUCACUAAUACAUUCGGGUGAAAAGCCAUAUAAAUGUAUCAUUUGUGAGAAAUGUUUCACACGAAGAGGAGAUCUCAACAUGCACUUCCUCACACACACCGGCGUAAAGCCAUUCCAGUGUAAACUUUGCUUUAAGCGUUUCACGAGGAAUUGCAGUCUCAAAAAGCACACACUGGUUCAUACGGGCGAAAAGCCUUACAAAUGUGAUAUCUGCGAAAGAUGCUUUGCCCGUAGAGGUGAUCUCAACAUGCACAUCCUUACUCACACUGGUGUAAAGCCUUUCCAGUGUAAGCUCUGCUUCAGGCGCUUCACAAGAAAUGACAGUCUCAAAAAGCACACAUCAGUCCAUUCAGGUGAAAAACCCUACAAAUGCAGCAUCUGUGAAAAAUGUUUUACCCGCAGUGGUAGUUUAAAGAUACACUUUCUAACACACACAGAUGAGAAACCGUUCCAGUGUCGAAUGUGCUUUAAACGAUUCACGAGAAAUUGCAGUCUGAAGAAACACAUCAAGACUCACACUGGUGAAAAGACCUCAAAAAAUACCAUUUGUGAGAAAACGUUUGCUUAUGCUAAUGCAGACGAAAACUAUUUCAGUGUUAGGUUGGCAGAAACGUUCUGCAAGAAACUAGGAGCCUAGAUUUGUCCAACAAUAUCCUGGUUUACAAAGAAAAAAAAAAA